GCAAUCAGCGAAAUGAGAUCUUUGGGUAUUUUUUUGAUUUUUGUUCUGUCAAUCAAGCAAAACCAUGGAUUGCCUAAACCACAGGUUGGCGGAUUAUUGAAUGGUGGCAUGGGUUUUGGUGGUUUAACGAAUGGACUCUCAAACGGACUUACCAAUGGAGCACUGAACGGAGUUACCAAUGGAGCACUAAAUGGAAUUACUAACGGAGCUCUUAAUGGAGUUACAAAUGGUGCACUCAACGGACUUACCACUGGUGCACUAACUAGAGUUACCAAUGGAGCACUUAAUGGAGUUACAAAUGGUGCCCUUAAUGGAGUUACAAAUGGUGCACUUAACGGACUUACCACUGGCGCACUGACUAAUGGAAUUGUCAAUGGUGCGUUAACAAAUGGAGUUAUAAAUGGAGCACUAGCAAAUGGAAUGGUCAAUAGUGCACUAAUGAAUGGGCUAUUAUAUGAUGGAGAUUCAACAUCUAUCUCAACUGAUCAAUUCGGGAACAGUGUUAUCCAAUCUACCCAAUUAACGGACGGUGGCGCAAGUAACAUUCAAUCGGUAAUGGAUAUGUUCGGAAAUAGCCAAACCCAAGUUUCAACAACCGAUUUAUAUGGAAAUGUGCAAACGUCUGUGCAAAGUACUCAAUAUGACAUGUUCGGAAAUCCUAUAGAAAGUGAAGUAAAUUACCAAACUGGACUUACUGGAACCGAAUUUAACCAAUACUAUUCUGAUGGAUUUGGAAACAUGCAAAUGGAAUAUUCCAAUAGUAACAUGAUGGGAAAUAAUAUGAUGAUGAACCCUAUGUUGAGCAAUGCUAUGUUAGCUAAUGGUAUGAUGGGUAUGGGCAUUCCGAUGAAUGGAUAUGCCUACUUAUUGGAUCCAGAAGAACAACAAGAGAUCAUGCAAGACCAACUUAAAGACCAAAAGAAAGUUAUUUCAAAAAUGAUAAACAAAAUGGAUUCUUCGUCUGGAAGUUCAUCCAGCACUGUUAAUGGACAUGGUUUGACUGAUCAUGUGGGCAAUGUAGUAUUAGGUGGUGUCCUGGGUGGUUUGGGAGACACCGUAGGAAGUGGUCUCUUAGGAGGACUUCUAUAA